UUUGUUUACAAGACGAUACUUCCGCAUUCAGCAGCGCAGGGACAUGCAUUUUAAAGAAUGGUUUGUCUACAGAAUUCUGUUCCCUUUUUGGCCCGUCUUGGACUGUACAUCACCCUGAUCAGUAUCAACUGGUGGUCAGCCGUAGCUGCUGGUGGGAAAAAUGGCCAAUCGUUCGAGCAGAAUUUGAAGGACUUUUCGAGCAUGGCCGAGAAUUUGGCCGGAGGGCUGAAGACAGUGGCCAAAGCUGCCAAAAUCCUAAGCGGAGAUAUCGACCUUGGCGAGGCGGAGGAUUGCACGUUCGUCUGCAAAAAUGGAGCCACUCCCAGACAGAAGGUUGGUUAUAUCCCGGAAGAGAAUGGCUGCGGCUCUUAUGGUUUGAAGCUCGACCUAUCAAAGCUGCCGCAGAUGGAACAGUGUUGCAACAAGCAUGAUCGCUGCUAUGGACAGUGCGGUAUGGAUAGAGAGACUUGUGACUUGCGUUUCUCUCAGUGUCUGGAGAAGGUCUGCAAGAGGUUAGGGCAGAAGAUGGAAUUUAAUCAGGAGGAAUCAGAAGGUUGUACAAUGACAGUACAGCUGAUGUAUCUGACCGUUCUGGAGCUGGGUUGUGAGGCAUACCUUGGGUCUCAGAGACAGGCCUGUGCUUGUCAAUUGCACCACGAUGACAACAGGACAGGGCCUAGAAGGGCCAAGCGCAGCACCAGGGUUGAACUGUGAUCGAAACAAAUAAAAAAACAACAGUAAUCCUCGGGCGGAAUACUGUUUUUUCUUUUGUUUGUAGAGUGAAGUGAACUUUCCUUGUCUUCCAUUCUGGCUGUCGGUAGCAUAGCGUUGCAUUGCAAUGGUGUGAGUUUAUUAAGCAAGACAAUUCCUCCACACAACAUAAAAGUAAUCAUGGGCAUUGAACACUGACAAACAAGUAGAUCAUUUGGGGGGGUUGGGGGGCUUUUUAACAGAAUUCUGAAAAGAGACAUUGUUUGUGUUGAUUUUUCUUUCAUAAUUCUUUUCUUUUUUGCCAAAAUCCCUCAGAAUCAUUACACAGCUCUCUACAAGACAUUGUGGAUACUUGUGAAGCUCACAUUUAGAUUAACACACAAAUCUUUUGAGCUCAUUUCAUAAAAACAACUCAUCUUCGGAGGGCAAGGCCCAACGUCCAUGCCACAAAGGACAUCUUUUUAAAGCAGUACUAUGCAGUUGUUAUGUGCUAUUGCACCCAAUUAACAUUAUUAUACGUGAUGCUGUAUGCAAGUUUCUCCAUUGCCUAAAGUUUUUCUCGGAAAAAAAAAACUGAAAUCGAUAUUCAUGUCAAUUA